GUGUCCAAGGCCACGGCUGUGGCCGACGAGGCCUUGGGGAACGUCCGGACGGUGCGGGCCUUUGCCAUGGAACCCAAAGAGAUCCAAGAAUAUGCAGCUGAAGUGGACACUUCCUGCCGUCUCAACAUGAACCUGGGGCUGGGCAUUGCCUUCUUCCAGGGACUCUCCAACAUGGCCCUGAACUGUAUUGUGCUUGGCACCAUCUUUGUCGGUGGCUCCCUCAUGGCCGGACAGGAGAUGACGCCCGGGGACCUCAUGUCCUUCUUGGUCUCCUCCCAGACCGUACAGCGGUCCAUGGCCAGCAUGUCGGUGCUCUUUGGACAGGUUUUACGGGGCAUGAGCGCCGGGGCCCGCGUGUUUGAAUUCAUGAACCUGUCGCCGGAGACGCCCCUGUGCGAGAGACAGAUGCUCACCUGCAGCAUGCUGAACGGGCACCUUGAAUUCCGGGAUGUGACUUUCAGUUAUCCCACCCGGCCGGGCUACAGAGUCUUGGAGAACUUCAACCUCUCCAUCCCUGCCAACAAGACGGUGGCCAUCGUGGGACAGUCCGGCGGCGGGAAAUCCACCGUGGCGGCCCUGAUGGAGCGCUUCUACGAACCCACCAAGGGCGCCAUCUUCCUGGACGGGCGGGACAUUUGCACCCUGGAUGCCUCCUGGCUCCGGGGAGACGUCAUCGGCUUCAUUAACCAGGAGCCGGUGCUGUUCAGCACCACCAUCAUGGAGAACAUCCGCUUUGGCAAGCCCUGCGCCUCCGAUUCGGAGAUUUACGCAGCUGCCCGGCUGGCCAACGCCGACGAGUUUAUCCGCAGCUUCCCGGAUGGAUACAACACAACUGUGGGGGAGCGUGGCGUGACUCUGUCGGCGGGGCAGAAGCAGCGGGUGGCCAUCGCCCGGGCCCUGAUCAAGAACCCCAAAGUGCUGAUCCUGGACGAGGCCACCAGUGCCCUGGACGCCGAGUCGGAGCACGUGGUCCAAGAGGCCCUGAACCGGGCCGUGGCCGGCCGGACCGUGUUGGUGAUCGCCCACCGGCUCAGCACGGUCAAGGAGGCCUCCCUCAUCGUGGUUCUGUCCAAGGGCCGGGUGGCCGAGGCCGGGACCCACUCGGAGCUCUUACGGAAGGGCGGCAUCUACGCCGAGCUUUUCCGCCGCCAGGCCAAGGACAUCUGA